GCUCGCCAAGGGAGCCUGUCAGAAAUGAGUUUUUCACUGAACUUUACACUGCCAUUGAAUACAACUUCCUCUCCAGUUGCCACGAGUGCCAAAGCCACAGACUGUGGUCCGUCUGUUGGACUGGCAGCUGGAAUCCCAUCCCUGCUGGCCACAGCUCUGCUGGUAGCCUUGCUGUUUACCCUGAUCCAGCGAAGAAGAACCACCGAUGAGCCCAUCGAGGAGACUGAGGCUCCAUGUGAAAUUUCAGAACUCUAUGACAAUCCCAAGAUAUCCGAGAAUCCUAGGCAGUCACCCACGCAUGAAAUGAACCCACGAGGUGCUCAAGAAGGUCACAUAUAUGUGAAGACUGUCUCAGGAAGUGAGGAGCCCCUGCCCGACACCUACCGUCCUCCUGAAGAAGUAGAGAGAAGAAGAGGUCUUUGGUGGCUCGUGCCCAGACUGAGCCUGGAAUGAUGUCAUCGACUCAGGGAACAGACGCAGCACUGGAACGGGGCUGGAAACCUGGGAUCCGUGCUCAGGGUCCAUGCUUGGAGAGGUGAGAGGCCAGCAGCCUCUCAAUCCACGUCAAUUUCAUUCAUAGAUCCUGGACACAUCUGGCUGCCUUGCCUCCUUAGGGGAUGGCUGCAUUGAGGUUCAUUCAAACUCAGACCUUGCAGUGUGAUCAGCGACGCAACCUGGGUGAGUUGCUUGUACACCCAGAUGAGCCCCACAUGUCCUAUUUGUGAAUCUAGAGGAGUCUGCCUUUAGGAAAUGGCUUCUGAGUGUCCUGGCUUCUCCUCUACCUGCUCCAGCUGUUAUCUUUAAAGGAAAAAAAAUUUAAAGCUGUGGGAGUUGGCUUUUCUGGGUGCAUUGACCAAGGUCAGGUUGGCACAAGUUAGGACAUGAGUAAAACUUUACAGAAGACGUGUGAAAGAAGCCAUUUCUAUCUCAGGGUAGAGUUCACACAGAGCCAUACAUGCCCUACCCAACACGAGGAAGCACAUGGCUGAUUUGUGUCAUACGACAGAGAACGGGAUAUGGACCUCCUAGUCAGACAGGUCACUGAGCACUUCUGAGAAUUCUGAUGAGCUUACCUACCCUCCCUAAGCCUGUUCUGGGUUUUAUAAAAGGGGAGCAAAUAUUCUGUGCUUCAUUUGGCCAUUGGAGAGAUUACAAAAGGAAUAAAGGAAGCGAUUUCCACUUAGUGGACAUCAGAGAUACUAGUUAUCCUCCUUACCUGGCUCUUACCCCCCCUUCCCAUCCCACUUGGCCUAUCAAGUCAGGCAGCCGCUCUUCGGUAUUUGUUAUCUAUAGUUACGAAGUCAACAAGGAAGUCUAAAGCUUCUCAGGAGCCUGCAAUCUAAAUUGUUGACAUUUGAAAAUAACUCUAGUUGUCACUAGCAGUCUUCUCACUUCAACUCUGGACACCAUUUGUCCUUGGGUGUCAACAAGUUCCAAAUCGCAAGUACAGAGACCUGUGUUACACAUUACACAUUAACCUUUAGGAUGCUCAAGUCUUGGGUGGUUAAUCUUCACUGUCAACUUGAUGGGAUUUAGAAUCACCAAGGAGACACGCCUCCAGAAAGAUUUAACUGAGCAGGAAGAUCUGCCUGAAUGUGGGCAGCAUCAUUCCAUAGCCUGCAGUUCUGGACUAAAUAAAAGGGAACUCAAGUUGAGCACACAGAAUUCAUUGCUAUCUGCUUCCUGACUACAGAUAAAGUGUAUCCCAGCUUGCCUCACACUCCUGCUGUCAUGCCUUUCCUGCCAUGGUGGACCGAACCGUCAAACUAUGAGCCAAAAUAAAUAUCUCCACCCUUAAGUUGGUUUUAUUGUAACACUGAGAGAAGUAACUAAUAUAAACUGAUAUGCAUGUUUUAAUGACUUUUCUUUGCAAUGGGGUAUUUGCUUCGAAGUACUGUAACGAAAAGAUGUUUGUGAGGGAGAGACAUCGGGAAGACCAAAGAGGAUCACAGGAUCAAAGGAAUUCAAGGGACAUCUAGGGACAGCUUCAUCAGGCCGUGCUAAACAGUGGGAGAGCUGAGGCCUCAGAGCAUCUCCGAAAACAUCCACAAUCUCCAUGAGCCACCUCGAUGUCCCAGAGAACCAUCUUUCCUCUCAUGGGGCCUCUGGUUGUUCAGAAAUAGUCCAAUUCUUGAGCAACAGGAAAUGGUUCUAUAAACCUAAUGGCCAUCACAUGUUAACAGCUGCCUUUCAAAGCCCCUCUGAAAAUCAAUUUUCUGUUGUUCAUGGGCCCAGAUCUUAGAUAAGCAUAUUUGAACAUCUUCAAUUAGCUAUGCCCAGGUAUGCUGAAGGUCCACUUCUCUUACAUGAUGGGGAAAGACCUUGGGCUCCCAGAGAACUUGAGGAGACUGUGGCAUUGACAGAUUUGGAUUUCAGCUCCAGCCUAGAAUGCUGGUCGCCUAGAUCUUCAGUUUUAUGCUUACAAAACUGACCCCCAAGGGCAGCUGUGAGGCCUGAUUGAAAUACACAGAUGAGUAAGCCUUGUAACUUACAAAAUAAGUUAUGAUUUGUUGUUUUUCUGGGUUUUUUGCUUUUUUGUUUUUUGUUUUUGAUUCUUCAUCUUACUUCUAUUACAGUCGACUGCUUAGAAUCUUCAUUUCAAGUUGUUUUCACUAAACUUGCAAGGUUCAGGAUUUCUGUUGGUACAAAGACUUAUUUUGUAAUAAAUAAACGGCUAUUGUAUGGACCUACAAA